UUGGAAGGCAGAAACUCCCUUCAGCAUCCGCCAUCUCUCGGUUUUUUUUUUUUUUUUAAUAUAAAUAAAAGGAAACUUUUCUACUUGCCUAGUCUGAGCUUAAUUAAAAUUCAAUUCAAAUUCACUCCAAAUAAAAUCCCAAACGCAAAUGUACCCCAAAUUGUAGCACCUUAGCCCCAUUCCCUCUCUCAUCUCCCCUUCCUCCUUGCUUCCACCUCAUCACCCUUUUCUCCCACUCGCUGCUCCUUCACUCUUUUUCUCUUUUGAUUUCCUUCCAUUUCCACCGAGCUCUCCACUUUCCUUCUUUUCCUUCCUUUGUUCUGUGUAUGGAAUGACGGACUAUCGUAUACCACCGACGAUGAAUCUGUGGACGGACGACAACGCGUCAGUCAUGGAAGCCUUCAUGAACUCCGAUCUCGCCGCUCUUUGGCCGCCGCCUCAAUCCGCUGCUUCCACUUCCACUUCUGCUCCUGCGCCCCACAACGCCGACUCCAACAGGAACACCCUCAUCAACCAAUCUCAGCCGCUCUUUAAUCAGGAAACCCUUCAGCAUCGUCUCCAGGCCUUGAUUGAGGGGGCCAGGGAGAGCUGGACCUACGCCAUCUUCUGGCAAUCGUCGUACGAUUACUCCGGUGUUUCGGUGUUGGGGUGGGGUGAUGGGUACUAUAAAGGAGAGGAGGAUAAGGGUAAAGGCAUAUCUAAGGGUCCUAGCUCCUCAGCUGCAGACCAAGAACACCGAAAGAAGGUGCUCCGUGAGCUCAAUUCGCUGAUCUCAGGUUCCACCACAGUCACCGACGAUGCCAUUGAUGAAGAAGUCACUGAUACCGAGUGGUUCUUUCUCGUCUCCAUGACUCAGUCGUUUGUUAAUGGAAGUGGGUUGCCGGGUCAAGCUUUUUUCAAUGGGAGUCCGGUCUGGGUUACUGGACCUGACCGGCUUUCUGCAUCACCGUGUGAGCGCGCCAGGCAGGGCCAAGUUUUUGGGUUGCAGACCUUGGUCUGUGUACCAUCAGCGAAUGGAGUUGUUGAGCUGGGUUCAUCUGAGAUGAUUUAUCAGAGCUCGGAUCUUAUGAAUAAGGUUAGGGUUUUGUUUAAUUUCAAUAAUCUGGAUGUGGGUUCGUGGCCGAUGGGAACGAACCCUGACCAGGGUGAGAAUGAUCCAUCCUCGCUGUGGAUCAGUGAUGCAUCUCAUAGUGGGAUUGAAAUGAAGGAUGGAAAUAGCACAGUUCCAUCUUCGAAUGGCACUACAAAUGGCAAUAACAACCAGCAUGGCUCGAAAGGGAUUCAAUUUGGAAUUCCCAAUUCGAGUAGCGCGACUGAAAACCCUAGUGGAAUUCAUAUGCAGAAUCAUCGACAGGGCCAGCAGCAGCAACAACAACAGAUGACGCAGACGCAGAGCUUUCUCACUCGUGAGUUGAACUUUGGGGAAUAUAGUGUUUUUGAAGGCAGUAGUGCUAGGAAUGGGAAUUCAAAUGUGUUGAAGCCGGAAUCAGGGGAAAUUCUGAAUUUUGGGGAGAGUAAGAGGACUUCUUGUAGUGCAAAUGGAAAUUUCUUUUCAGGUCAUUCGCAGUUUGCAGUUGAGGAGAAUAAUAAGAAGAAAAGAUCCCCGACUUCAAGGGGUAGCAAUGAAGAAGGGAUGCUUUCCUUUACUUCUGGUGUUAUCUUGCCUUCUUCUGGUAUGGUGAAAUCAAGUGGCGGUCCAGGGGAUUCAGAUCACUCUGAUCUUGAAGCCUCUGUUGUUAGAGAAACAGAUAGCAGCAAAGUUGUAGAACCUGAAAAGAAGCCACGAAAACGGGGAAGAAAACCAGCGAAUGGAAGAGAAGAGCCCUUGAAUCAUGUUGAAGCAGAGAGGCAGAGAAGAGAGAAACUUAACCAGAGGUUCUAUGCCCUGCGAGCUGUAGUUCCCAAUGUGUCAAAGAUGGACAAAGCUUCGCUUCUUGGAGAUGCCAUAGCUUACAUUAAGGAGCUCCAAGCAAAGCUGCAAACUGCAGAGUCUGAUAAGGAGGAGAUGGAGAAGCAAGUGGAAUCAAUGAAGGAGGAGUUUGCUAGCAAAGAUUCACGCCCAGGACCACCUCCUCCUGAUCAAGAACUCAAGAUGUCAAAUAAGCAUGGAAGCAAAGCAAUGGAAAUGGAUAUCGAUGUGAAGAUAAUUGGGUGCGAUGCAAUGAUACGAAUCCAAUGUAGCAAAAAGAAUCACCCAGCAGCUAGAUUAAUGGCAGCCUUGAAAGAGUUGGACCUUGAGGUUAACCAUGCCAGUGUGUCAGUGGUGAAUGAUUUGAUGAUCCAGCAAGCCACAGUGAAGAUGGGGAGUCGGUUUUACACACAGGAGCAGCUCAGGAUAGCCUUAUCAACCAAAGUUGGUGACACCUGAAAUGGUCUUAAACAGAUCAGGAAUUGCGUUUAGCACUUGGAAUAGAGAGCUUGAUAAAGAUUAUUAUAUAGGGCCUGAAAUUUCUUUAUUAAUGGUGUUAGUUCUGGGACAUUUUAAGGCUCCCGAAAGCGUAAGCACUGUAAAAUAGUAUUAUUCUCACUCAUAUCUUGUAGUUAUUCUAGUGUAAUUCGAGUAUGAGCCCAUUUGAAUGGAUGAGCUGAUUGAACUGAGUAGCUAUGUACGUCUGCGAGUCUCCAAUCAAGCGAAGAUAGCUAUUUUUGUGUUGAUUUUCCUGUCUAUCCUUGAUGUAUAUAGUUUUAUAAAUUCGAACCUCUGAUGGGCUUUGUGCUAUCCAUGCAAUGUGUAUCAGUGAUGUACAAGCUAUUUUUCCUGCUUUUCAAGAAUGGAAAUAUGCUUCAUGUUUCAUA